AUGACAACUUCAGCACCUACUCGCUCUUUUUUGGUCUGGUACUUAACACAGUUGGCUGCCAACCCUCUCCGCGUCAAGGCUAUUACAAGUGGUGUUCUGUCUGGUGCUCAGGAAGCAUCAGCUCAGAAACUCUCUGGAGCCAAGAAACUCGAUGCACGUGUUAUUCAGAUGGCUGCCUAUGGUCUAUUGAUAUCCGGGCCAUUGAACCACAUUCUAUAUGAGAUUAUGAACAAGGUGUUUGCUGGAAAAGAAGGCCCCAAGGUUAAGCUUGGUCAACUACUGUUUUCCAAUCUUAUCAUUUCUCCUAUUAUGAACACAGUUUAUAUCAGUGCUAUGACUGUUUUGGCCGGUCACAACUCAUUGGCACAUGUAAAGGGCGCUGUUCGUCAAGGACUCUUCCCAAUGCAAAAGAUGUCUUGGAUCAUAUCCCCAGUUGUCCUCAUCUUUGCUCAAAAGUUCCUCGAUCAGCAGAUCUGGGUUCCAUUCUUUAAUGUUGUUGCCUUUAUCUUUGGCACAUAUAUCAACACCAUGAUGAAGCGUAAGCGUUUGGCAGCAGAGGCAAAGAAGGAUUAA